AUGGAGAAACAACAACGAACAAUUUCAAUAACUUCAACUAAAUCAUCUCCAGAAGUAGCAGUUGCUAAUCUCGAUCCUUUAUUACAGUCAAUCAAUGAUGUAAAUGAUGAUAUAACAUAUUUUGAUCGAAAAUCAUCGAUUUUUUAUCAUCCUGCUAAUAUUAUCGAUGAAAAUGAUGAAGAAAAUAUUGAUUCCAAUCAAAAAGUUCAUAUUUAUACAAAAUGUUUUUGUUAUAUAAAAAGAUUUUCUGGAAUUUUAUAUUCUUUAAUAGCUGCUUUAUUAUUUACAUGUUCAAAUUUUAUUAUAACACAACUUGAUGUUGUUUUAUUAGAUGUAUUUCUUAUUCGAUUUAUUAUUCAAGGAUUAAUUUCAUAUGUAUAUAUUACUUAUAAAGAUUAUCAUGUAUUUCCAUCGAAUAUUAAUAAUUUACUAAUGUUUAGUCGAUCAUUCAUGGCUGCUAUGGGUAGUGUUUGUUUUUAUCUUGGUCUUGAAUUACUUCCAUUACCUGAGCUAUCAACAUUACGAUAUACACAAGUUAUCUGGACAGCUCUUCUUGUUUUAAUUAUAUUUCGAGAACGAAUUACAUUACCAAUAAUUAUAGCAAGUAUAUUAACACUUAUUGGUGUCAUUUGUGUAGCUCAGCCAACAAUUCUCUUUACAAAAUCAAAACCGAUUAAUGAAACAUUACAAAUGUCAUUAAAAAAUGAUGAUCAACGUUUAAAAGGUGUAUUUGUUGCUAUAUUUUGUGCAUUUUCAAUAUCAAUGGGUAUUGUAUUAAAUAAAAAAUUACUUGAACAAAAAGUUCGUCAAAGUGUAAUCAUGUUUCAUUUUAUUUUGACAACAACUUUUAUGUUAUUAAUAACUCAAACAUAUUACUGGGUAUUUUCAAAAACAAAUCAUCGAAAAUUCAAUAUAAAAGAAAUUUAUCUAACUGAAAAUUUUAUUUAUGCAACAAUUCUUGCAACAUUACAAUUAAUACCAAUGGUAUUAACACAAAAAUCUAUUAAACGUGAACAUCCAUCAAUUGUAACAGUUGUACAAGCAUCCGAAAUACUUUUUUCUCUUAUAUUACAAAAUAUAUUUCUAGCAAAGAAAUCAAAUGGACUUGCAAUAAUUGGUUCAAUACUUGUUCUUACAAGUAUUUUUAUUCUUGGUGGUCAUAAACUUUGGUUAGAUCGACAAAAUCGCACACAUCAAUCAAUAAAAAUACAAAGGAAAUAA